AUGGCUGCUCCAGUUGUUCCCAGUAGCUUUCAGAUUUACAACUCAUACGUCGAAGAUCCUAAAUGGCAAAUGAAUUUCACCAUAAUUUGGUGCUCUGGCUUAGCACUGGCUGUGGCUGUCUCUGUUCCGAGUUUGAUUCUUGGUUUGAGACAUGGACGUUCCCUCAAGGGAAUCGCUGGAAUAUCAGAGAUCAAUGGAUAUCAGCCCGCCCAUUCCGAUGGCAAGGAGCCACCGCCUACCCGUCAAAGACGUCCUAGGUUGGUUGGAGCUUGGAAUGCUCUUAUCUCACCGACGUAUUGGUCUCCUCCAAAGCUCGGGCUCAAUCUCGGACAAAUCAUAGUCUUAUUGGCGUACCUCGCAGCUGUACUCGUCUGCAUCAUAAAGGAUGCACCUCUUAUUUCUAAUCCGAACAGAGCGGGAUUUCUCGCUCUCGCACAGUUUCCGGUCGUUUUUUUGUUCGCAACAAAAAACUCAAUUCUGUCCUUAUUGUUAGGACCAGGGAAUGGCUACGAGAAACUCAACUUCAUACAUAGGAUGGCGGGAAGAGCCAUGUUCCUCGGCGGAUGCAUUCAUGGGUCCCUGUGGAUUCGCAACCAUUUACAGUAUGGACUUGCAAUUCUUGGUCCGCAGAAAGAGACUUCGGGAGUGGUUUCGCUCGCCCUCCUCUGCAUCAUCGUCCUUACGUCUUUGAGGCCAGUCAGGAGACUGUUUUAUGAGUGUUUCUUCGCCGUCCACGUUUUGACAUACGUGGCAUUCUUUGUUACCAUAUGCUACCAUACGUUGUAUGCAUCGCCGUGGAUAUUCCCUCCCCUUGCAUUUUACGGCGCAGAUGUUUUAUUGCGCCUAUUCCGCUAUCGAAUCAAGGAUGCUACCCUCACUGCGCAGGACGCUCACAUGACUUUGAUCCGCGUUCAUAAUUGCGACGAUGGCUGGCUUUCUGGCCAGCAUGUCAGAUUGCGCGUUUUCUUCUCCAACAGAGUUUUUGAAUCCCAUCCAUUCACUAUCCUCUCGGCACCACCGUCCCAUUCUUGCCUCUCCUCACCUGGGUUCCUUCUCGCUGCACGAAGCGAUGGAGACUGGACGCGGGCAUUGAAUAACUACACCCGACAGCAACAAGAACGUUCACAAAUCAAUGAGGAGGGCGAUUCGGGUGCUUUCGUUCAAGUCAUGCUGGAUGGUCCUUAUGGAGGGUCGAGUGUCGAUCUGGGUCUGUACGAAAGCGUGUUUCUUGUAGCCGGCGGGUCUGGGGUCACAUUCACUCUUGGUCUGCUGGACGACAUCGUCGGCAGGUGUGUUAAACUAGGCCGCAGUCAGGAUGAACGAACGAGGAGAAUUGAGUUCACCUGGUCCAUUGGAUCAUUCGGCCAGAUAGAAUGGUUUGCCCCGAUGCUGAUAGAUAUUGCUACGGCAGCAUCUAAUAGCACGAUCGACUUGCACAUUUCUAUUUUCGUAACGUGCCUUUGCGUUCCAGAAGCGGUACCUCAUAUCCCUAACUCCAUCGUCACACUCUCGCGUCCAUCUAUUCAGAAUAUCCUCAAGGACUUCAUCAAUGUUCCGCCAUCGUCUGAAAAGGAAGAUUCAAUCGAAACCCGAUGUGAAGACAGCCAGAAAUUGAUGGGCUUGGGUGGGGGAAUCGCGGUUUGCGCUAGCGGCCCAGAGAGCUUGACGAGAGACGCGCAGAAUGCAGUCGCGAGAUUGGGUUUGACAGUGGGUAUGGAUGUGGGGGGGAUAGCUCUACAUACAGAGCUGUUUAGUUUGUAA